UCUGUUAGCACUGUUUGACAGUGUUUCCGCAUUGAGAACGCCUUCACAGCAUGACUAUUGCUGUACCUUACUGAAAGCACUGCCUUAUUCUGUUCAGUGCAGGGACCCUGUAAUAGCAUAUAGGUCACAAGCUAUGAGAAACUCAGUUAUUUUGUGCAGAGAAAGAGAAUAAUAUCAAAGCAGCCAUGGUUGGUGUGCUUCUCUUUGCAUAUAUCACAGUGAAUCUAUUCCUUAAAUGUCAAGGUCAAAAGAUUCAUCAAGCUAAGAUUUACAGUGAAAAUUCAGAAGUUCCAGAAGGUGGAAGACUGGAGGUUACUUGCAGCACAUUUGGCUUUACAGAAAAGGCAGUUCAUUCAUAUCUGUGUAAAAAUGGUAAAGCCAUUCUUAUGAAAAAAGGGACACCUCGACAAGACACCACCUUUAAAAUAGAGAGAAUAGAACUGAACGCUUCAGGCAACUACAACUGUGUGUUUUCAGAAGAGCAGUUGGAAAUAACCAAAGUAACAGGAUAUGGUCAAAAUUACAUCUUCAUAAAUGUGAUCGAAUCUUUUAUUUAUGCACAGAUACAUUUGCUCAAACCUGAGGUGCCAGUGGGAAGUGAUGCUGAGUUUAACUGUUCGACGUCCAAACCUUUAAACAAAAACCAGUCCAAGAACAUGAUUUUGGCUUAUCUCAUCAGAAAUGGAACACCUGUUGAAGUUAAUAUUUGGGACACAGAGAAGAUGAUGACAACAUUCACCCUCAGAGAUGUCAGGAUUGAAGAUGCUGGGACAUACAGUUGUGUUAUAUUGUUAAACAUACUCCCUUACCAUGGAAUGAGACUUCAUCAAAAUAUUACAGUUAAUCUUGAGAUUACUGUGAAUAGCAGCAUUAACAAAGUUAUAAUUGCCACAACGUGCUCUAUCAUAGUUUUGCUCUUCAGUCUGUUUCUGGGAAUCUGGGCACUGAUCCGAAAACGAGGAUGCCUUAGAAUCAACAUUGAAAGAUCCUCGAAUAACGAGACAGAGCUCAGAGGAACAGAAAUUUACUACGAAGAAGUUAACAAUCCUCACACAUCUGAUACUGGUGACACACAACAUGUUGUCUGGAGUGCCUCAGAGUUUGCUGAUUCCUCUGAAAGUGAUGAAGAUUAUAAUGACGUGGGAAGCAUUACAGUAUGAUUAAAUUAUGCUGUUGCAACUUCGUGGUGUUACCUUUGCUUUUGCUAUUUUACAACAGUUGCUUUUUGUGGUCUUUUUUAGCCUGUCUUUUUAAGUUUCUGGUUUAAUCUGUUUGUAAUCUGUUUAUUGUCACUAUUGUUGAUUUUUUUUUAAUGACACGGACCUACUGACUGAUUGUUGACUAUCCCUUUAGUCACUUUAUUCAUGUAAAUAGUAGUGUAAAUUAUCUUUCAAGACUGGACAUUAACUCCCAGCAUUCAUACCAAAAUGCAAUAUACAUAUUGUUAAUGUAACAUCACAUUAUAGAAUACAAACUAAUGUUGGUUUUAUUAUAUAUAUAUAUAUAUAUAUAUAUAUAUAUAUAUAUAUAUAUUAUCUGCAGUGUGUUAGUGCUUUCACAAAUGUAUUGAAGAAUAUCUCACAAUA